AUGCCCCAUGAUAAGGCUCCAGGGGUGGACGGAUUUCCCAAUGAAUUUUUUACUAAGCACUGGGAGGUUGGCAAUGAUAUUUGUGAUGCCACUAGACAAUUCUUCACAACUGGAGAAAUGCACAGAGGAAUCAAUGGUACUGCUGUGACUUUAAUUCCUAAAGUGCAAAACCCAAGCCAUGUCAAAGAUUAUAGGCCCAUUGCAUGUUGCACAACUUUGUAUAAGAUAAUCACCAACGUUCUUACUGCUAGAACUAAAAAGGUCAUUGGUGGACUCAUUGGUGAAUCACAAUCUGCAUUCAUUGAAGGUAGAAGCAUCACUCACAACAUCCUAUUCACACAUAGAACUUUGGAUAAUGGAAUGCAUUACAACACCGGCUUACUCUCUUACCAUGAAUGGUGGAUUGACAACACCUUUCAAAGGAAGGAGGGGAAUCAGGCAAGGAGACCCUAUGUCUCUCUAUCUAUUUGUCCUGGCAAUGGAGUAUCUAUAGAGGGAGUUUGCACAGCUGAAAUAAGCUCUAUUAGAUUAUUGCAGCAUACCUUUCUAAAGUUCUCUAAUGCCUCUGGCCUUCAAGAAAAUGCAGACAAGAGCUCUAUUUACUUGGCUAUUAUUUCAAACAAUCUGAAACAGGAUAUCCUACAAGAACUGGGCUACUCUGAAGGCACUCUACCCUUCAGAUAUUUUGGUGUUCCCUUGGCAUCUAAAAAGCUAUCAGUCAUUCAGUGUUGGCCAUUAGUAGAGAAGAUCACACGGAGGAUUAACUGUUGGACUGCCAAAUUACUCUCAUAUGCAGUCGACUACAGUUAA